GUUCUCAUUCAUCCACGAUGGAGUGUAGCUGUACAUUCAGGAUCUCGAUCAGUAUAGGGACGGCUUGCUUUGCUCUUACAGACUGGAUUUUGGGAGCAGCAAGUCUAGUAAUUUGGCGAGAAAUUCCAGGCUCAUCAUAUCCAGGUGAGAAACAAGGUAAGCGAGUGAGUGAGUGCGUUGCCCAUGGCGAUAUCGGAAACCGCGACGGCUCACCGCAUUGCGUUUGAGCAAACAAUCUCACCUACUGUAUCAAUUGCGGCACCUUGAACUCGAUACAAGCAUCUCCACAACACUUCAACCGCUACAAUCACAUACUUCAACAUGACAUCCGCGGAUAAGUCGAUCAAGGCGCCAGAAAACGACUACUACGAGGUCCGCGCCGUGCCGGGAAAAGGCUAUGGCUGCUUCGCGCUGAAGCGACUGGCGCUCGGCACCCGCAUCCUGGCCGAAGACCCGCUGCUCAUCGUCCCGAUCGCCGACUACGUGCAGUCCGACAUUCAAGCGGCCUUCGACAUACUAUCACCCGAGCAACAGGCGCUCUACUUCACCCUGCACUCCGGCCACGGCCAAGAUCCCCGCGCAUGGCCGUCGCAGAUUCAUCCCACGGUGACCGGCCGCGAGCGACAGCGAAUCUCCGAGCAACACGACGCCAGAACCGGAAAGCAGCCAUCGCUCAUCAGCAUCUUCCAGACGAACUGCAUGGAGAUGGGCAAGGGUGCUGCCGUCUUCCCGCACGCUGCGCGCUUCAAUCAUAGCUGCAAUCCGAAUGCCUGCUUCUCCUGGAACUCGGCGAUUGGCAAGGAGACGAUCCAUACCAUCAGUGAGAUCAAGGCGGGCGACCAAAUAACGCUUUCGUACUGUGACAUGGUCCACGACAAGAGGCUUCGCUCGUGGGAGCUCAAGCACUAUGGCUUCGUGUGCGACUGCCCAGCCUGCGCAGGUGAUGAAGAUGAUGAGGACACUUUCGCAUACAAAAGUGCUCAGCGGCGCUUUAGGCUGCAGGAGCUUGAUCGUGAGGUGCGAUUUCUACGUGGGCCGAAUCUCGAACAGGGUGCCAAACAGCCGGAUUUCGUCGCCAAGCUGCUUCAACUUGCGGCCAUCCAUCUGGAGGAAGGCGACAAUACAGUUAGGCUGGCUAGUGUGUUUCUCGACAUCGCCCUCGUGUGCGAGUUCAACAGUGACUUUAAGAUGGCAGGGGCUGCGGCAGCCAGAGCGUGUGAGAUCAAGAAACUGUCUCAGGGUACCGACUUCCCUGACUACAAGCGAUAUGUGGAGGUGGUGCAGCGCGUUGAGGCUAAACUGGCGACGAUGAAGACGUGA